AGGAAACAGUCAAGUGACCUGACCCAUGCCCUGAGAAGUUACAACCCUCAACCAUACAGAGGCGCUCAGCCCUGCUCCACGAGCACCCUCAACAGGACUGUGCUGGAGUCUCAGUACCUGAAAUAUGUCAUCCAGCAGGGUUCUGUUCCACAUUCCCCUCUUCAUUUGAUUCUGUUGCGGUGGCAGCUUGCUGUGGGUGGAACUCCUCUGCAUGCGGUCUGAGCUGGGUACUGCCUUGUUACUGGAUCUCCAUCCAGGGUGGUCUAGUAAAGACUCCCUCUUCGUCAUCUGAACUAUUCUCUGAUCGAUGAUAUCUGUUUCGGAUUUUUCCUCACUCCUGGUUUUUCAGAUGUCUGUGGAGAGUGGCGAGCCAUUGGAGGUGAUCAGAGAGGAGGCUGCUGGGAUACUGGAGGAAAUGUCUCAAAACCUUCAGCUGGGAUUCAUCCGGUUACUGGGCUUCAUCCUGAGUAAAGUUUUCAAGAGGCUAUUUCGAAAGAUUUACAUCAACGAUGAUGGCCUACAGAGGCUUCAACAGGUUAUUCAGGAGUGCCCAGUGGUGCUGAUGCCCAAUCACAGGAGUUAUGUGGACUUCCUGGUUUUGUCCUACAUUCUCUUCACUUAUGAUCUCCCCAUUCCAGUCAUUGCUGCAGGAAUCCCUCUGAUGGGGAUGUCAUUGCUUGGGGAGAUCUUCCGCAGGUCAGGAGCCUUUUUCAUACGGCGCUCCAUUGGGGCAGACAAGCUGUACUGGGCUGUGCUUUCAGAGUAUGUCAAAACAGUCAUACGGACAGGAUAUGCUCCAAUUGAGUUCUAUGUUGAGGGGCUGCGAAGUCGAUCUUUGAAGUCUUUGACUCCUAAGUUAGGGAUGAUGCAGAUGGCACUAGAGCCCUUCUUUAAGGGUGAGGUGUAUGACAUUAGCUUGGUGCCCAUAAGCAUCAGCUAUGAGCGCGUGCUGGAGGAGUCUCUGCUGGCCCACGAGCUUCUGGGGGUCCCCAAGCCUAAGGAGUCGACCAGGGGGCUAUUGAAAGCCAGAAAAGUACUGGAGGAGGAUUAUGGAACCAUGUACAUAUGUUUUGGCCAUCCUGUCUCAGUGCGAGAAAUGGCCAAGGGGAAGAUAAAUCGCUGGCAGUACAACUUGGUUCCCAGAGACCUUCCCAUGAGGGCAAGCGAGGACUCCCAGGCCUUUGUGAAUACCACAGCUCACACUGUCGUGCGUCUACAGGAGGAGAACAUGGUGUUGAGCUCCUGGAGCCUAAUAGCUACCAUCCUGAUGCAGAACCUGGAGGGCAUAGACUGGGACUCCCUUGCCCAGCAGACCGAAUGGCUGAGACGGCUAGCACUGGAUUUUGGGGCCAACCUAAACUGGCCUGAACAACUGACCUGCAGUGCAGCCUUAUCAUUCAACCUGUCCCUCCAUCAUUCAAUUCUACACUGUAAGGAAGGAAUUGUUCAGCUAAUGGAGGAAGAGUCUCAGAAGACUGACAGCCCAGAGGAUGCCUUGUUCAGGCGUGCUGUCGCUGUGCUCAUGUGUGCCUCCUACAGGAAUCAGGCUCUGCAUGUGUUUGUGCGCCCAGCUAUGUUGGCAGUGGCUCUACAUGUAACAGCCACCUCCAGGAAAGAGGAGAUCUUCAUAUUCUUCAAAUUCCUUCAGGAUGUGUUUUCUAAUGAGUUCAUCUUCAUUGCUGGUAGGGGCGAAGCGGACUUCGAAGAGGCUUGCUUCUUACUGAAGAAGUGUGGAGCACUCCAAAUCACCAAUGAUCACAUCACUGUGGAAGAGACUGGCCAGGCCACUACCUACUUUCUCAGAGCCAUAUUGGGGCCCUUUAUCGAAGCAUACCAGGUUGUCUUCAGGUACCUGUUGGAGGAGAGUGUACUGGUCUUCACAGAAAAGGAGUUUGUGCCUGCUGUCCGCAGCUAUGCCAUCAAACUCAUCCUCUCAGGGGCGCUGACAUCAUAUGAUGUACUCUCAUCGGACACACAUAAAAACGUGCUGGCUGCAUUGUUGAGGUUAAAUGCUGUGACAAAAACAAGAAGAGCCCAGCAAGCUGGCUUCAGAAGCAACAAGGGAACCAUAAACAGAAUUGGAGACAUAUUAGGAUACCCCUGGCCCUGUGUGAUGAUGUUAUUACUGAACUGAAACAACUGUUGGCAGCCGAGAUCACUGAACCCAUCGAUGCUUCUCCAUGGGUAUUGAAUAUGGUGACUGAUACAAAGAAGUCAGGUGGCAUACACAUCUGUAUUGAUCUGUCAAGAAAGCCAUGGUGCCAGACAGGGAUCCCCUACCCACAACAAAGGAAGACACCACUCUGCUACAUGGGGCCAGGAUCUUCCGAAAACUGGAUCUGGAUCUCUGACAAGGUUACCUGCAGGUACCUCUACACUCUGAAAGCAAGAACCUUCCUGCAUUUGUCAUGCACAUGGGAAUUUUCAGGUACACUCCGAUAACUUUUGGACUGAGCUUGGCAUCGAGUUGCUUUCAGAAGAUUGUUUUGUUGUCCAGCCAAAUGAACUGUGGGCAGAAUAUUGGAAAUGUGGCAAUUCUUUGUUUUUUUAAUUAAGUUAUUUAUCUACAUGAAAAUCUUGAGCUCAAACUUGACCUUUGACCCUUAUUUGGAAGUUAAUGUACUCUGCCUUUGCAUUGUCUGCAAAAUAAUAAGGGGUCAUGCCAAGGCAAAAGGCAUUAACUUCCAUUUGAUCGCUUGUUUGGUUGCUGAUCACUAUAUAAAAUCAGUAUAUGAUAAUAAUGAUAACAUCUACAUAAAAUCUAGUGAUCAUGGCACAAUUAGGCUUAGAUUCGAUUCAUUGUUUUUCUGACAUGUAGACACAGAUGACAUCGAUCAAACAAAAUAGUUUUGCAUGGGGGAGGAUAACGUUUUGCAAUCAAUUUAUUGAGUGCAAUGUUUACUAACGCAACGAAUAGUAAAGGAUACAAGACCGGUGUUUUGGAUUUAAUUGGAUGAAUGCCAGAGUAGGAUACUCAAGGACGACUCAUGUUAUGGAUUUAACGUGUUGAACGCCAGCGAGUAAUGCUUAAAACUCAUGUUGUGGAUUUAACUUCUCAAAGGAUGUUGUUUGCAAUGGAUUUUUAUCAGGUUACAAAAAAAGGUAGGCUAUCUUUUUUACUGUGAAUUGUUACUACUGAGCUUGUGUGUGUGUGAUUAGGCUAUUUAGGAGGUGUGUCGUGUGUCUGUGCGAGCCCUAACCCACUCGCGCUGUUUCCCUGGCUGUCAGUGUCGGGCUGUCACAGGCUGGCACUGACUAGCCGGCAUGACACAAAAAAUGAAUUAAUUGCGUAUGAUAUACGAUUACUUAUAGCUAGCAAGCCAUCUAGUUAUUGUUUGUUUCCAAUGCUUUCUUUGCAUUCUGAUCGCAUAUGGGAGCAGUUUGGUUUUGUUUGUGAAGUAGUUAGCCUAAGCUAGCUAAUGCUAGCUCGCGCUAGCUAGCUAGCUAACAAGUAAUUUGAGUAGACUAUCUAAGCAGCCUACUAGAAAAUUAGAGCGAAAAUGGCGGUCAACAAAGCUAGAAGUAUUUCAUCUUGCAUGGAAAAACGGCUUUCUUCAGUAUAAAAGCAAGCUCUUGCUUCUGCUAGAUCUGCCUUUUUCUCAAAACUUAUUGAACAAAAUAGACAUAACCCAAAAUUUCUAUUUAGCACUGCAGUAAUGACUUCAUGAACUUCUUCGAUCAGAAAAUUGAGGCUAUUAGAGACCAGAUUUCCAAACUGUCUCCAUCAUGCACUAUUUCUGUUCAUGUUAAUAAACAGCCCCACACCUGGUUACAACAGGAAGAUUUACAGACAGCAGUACUAAGCUGUUUUAUGCCCAUUAGCAUGGUUGAGUUAUCUGAAGUUAUGUCUUCAAAAACGACGACCUGUAUACUCGAUCCUAUUCCUUCAAACUGGAUUAAAGAACUAUUUCCAGUACUAGGCCAGCAUAUACUAAAAAUUGUUAACACAUCCCUAGUCACAGGAUACGUACCUGAGUCACUAAAAGUGGCAGUCAUUAAGCCAUUAUUGAAGAAACCA